UAUUUUAUUUUUUAUUUAUAAUUUGUUGCUGUCAAAGUUUUUCUUUCCCUUCCCUCCUUCCCUCACUUUCUCCUUUGUUCUCAUCUCUGACCUAAUUCUCUUCUUCUUCUUCCUCUUCACAAACAAAAACUUGAAGGAUUUUGUUGGGUUUUGAAGAUCAAACAACUUUUGUUUUGAAAAUCAAAGAAUUUUUGUUUCGAAGAUCGAAGAAUUUGGUGUUGAAGAUCAUGACUCCAUCUAACAUGGCAAGCCAAUUUGGUGAUACCACUUACACCAAGGUUUUCGUGGGUGGCUUGGCUUGGGAGACCCAAAAAGACACCAUGAAGAAUUACUUUGAGCAAUUUGGUGAUAUCUUGGAAGCUGUUGUUAUUACCGACAAGGCCACCGGACGAUCCAAAGGCUAUGGAUUUGUUACUUUUCGGGAACCCGACGCUGCCAUGAGAGCUUGUGUCGAUGCGGCGCCGGUCAUCGAUGGUCGGAGAGCCAAUUGCAAUCUUGCUUCUCUCGGUGUUCAGAGAUCUAAACCCUCCACGCCUAAGCACGAGAAAAAGAAAUGGGAAUUAACAGGAGGAGGAGGAGGAAGAAACUUUAGGGUAUUGAGCUCUUUCCAGACUGGAUUUGGAGGGAAUGUUGGCUCAGCUUUUCAUUCAACACCAACUUUCCCUCAUUAUGCUAUCCACCAAGGGAUCCCUUACAAUCUCUAUGGGUACUCUUCGUACUCGCCCGACUACGCUUACCCUACGAGCUAUUACAAUGUGUACGGCGGAGCAACUGCACAGUACCCCAUGUACGGCACCGGUCCCGGCGGCAUAUUGAGUGGAGCAGCGGCGGCCGCAGCCGCAUUCUACCCUUAUUUCCAAUUCGGGGAAGGAAGCGGCGGCGGAGCUAAUGGCUUCACCGGCGGUUCCGGGCAGCAGGGGUAUGGCGUUCAGUACCCUCACCACCUGUUGCAGUACUCGGCGGCCCUUAAUUCAACUCCAACAACGUUCCCUCAGCACUAUGCCGCUCCUCCUAUGUCUCUGCCUCCCACGCCACCCACUUUGCCAUCAGGCGUGACGAUGGCUCUUCCUACACCAAUCCCACAUCGCUAAACGUCCUCAAAUUUCCUCCGAAACGAAAAAUCGCAAGCCCUAACCAUGGUUCCAUCUCUUUCUCUCUUCACUCUUUUGCCCAAUGGUCAGCCCUCCGUCGGGGUUGAGCCAACCAACCAUAGCUAACCUCACCAAAAUCAUGCAUUAUUUUUUUUUUUAUCAAAAGUGGUUCUUAGGCCAUGAAGGGACUUGGCCCUAAGUUGGCUAAUUAUGCACAUAGCUACCUUUUAAUCUUUGAUAGCCUAAGGAAGGCUACAAGGAUAGACCAAAAAAAACAUUUUUCCAAAGGAAAAAAAAAACCCAUUUCAAAAAGCUAAUAUUUUUCUCAUUAUUGUAAUUAAAUUUCAAUUAGGAGUAAUCACAACAUGCUGCUUCUGUGAAGAUCAGUGAAUAGCUCCUGAACUCAUCAGGAUUAGCGAUAGGGUUAAGAAUAUGUAGCGUUUUUGUUGCUAUUAUUACAAAUUAAUUAACUUGGUCUAAUCAACCAACCCAUUUCAAAAUAUUCCCCAUGGGUUUGGGGAAUGGUAAUGAAACCCUUUUAUUAAUCAACUCUUAAGCACAUUAUUAGUUAUUUCUUGUAAUUAAACUUCACAAACAAUGGUGGCUCAACUUAUGGGAGUUAUAGCCAUGUUUAUUUUUGGUAAAGGUUUUGCAUUUAGGUCCCAUAAUUAGGAGUUAAUUAGGAUAGGAUUAAGCAUUCCAUGAUUUUGAGACUCCAUUAAUGGAUAUUGGAGGUCUCAAAAUAAGCAUUUUGCAUGUGAGCCCUUGGGAGAUAUUUGGGUUCCCUUUGGCUUGUUCUUUCACUAACCCUAAACCAACCAUGGUUAGGACUUAGGUCAACUUCAUUUCUGUCUUCAAUAUUCCCAUUUUACCCUCCUCUCUAUCAUCCAUCCCAAUCACCAAUGUGUAUGUGUGUUCAAGGGCUUUCUCGUCAUGGAGUUGGUGGACCUUGGAAGCACUGUUUUUCAUUGAUUAUGUCUGUAAAAGAAGAGCCUUUGUUCAUGUCUUCUUAUGGUUUGUAAUGUAAUUAGAUACUCUAUUACCCUUUCUUUAUAUCAAGACUUCUGCCUAAGAUUUGGUUCUUCAUUAGCUGCUUGAAGAAUAACCUACGUACCUCAAUAUGAAUUGCUUCUUUCUUUC